ACUUAACCCCCACGGCUGACGGCUCACAGUCCAACAAAAACUCCUCUCUCACUUAGACAGCAGCAAUUUGAAAGAAACCCACAGAGAUGGCCAAGGAUAGCUGUUUGAGUCGCAUGGCCGUCGGCGCAGCUGUCGGGGGCGCUGUCGGUUGUGCCGUCGGUGUGAUGUAUGGCUCAUUUGAGGCUAUAAGGUGUAAGGUGCCAGGGGUAGAGAAGAUCAGGUAUGUUGGGCAAAGGACGAUUGGCAGUGCAGCUGUUUUCAGCCUUUUCUUAAGUGCUGGUGCAUUGAUACAUUGUGGAAAGUCAUAUUAAUCUCGGUUGCAUUCCUGUAGAAUCAAAAACGAUUCUUUUUCUAUUUACAAUGGCGUUUUGGAUGUUCAGUCAGACAGUAUGGAGUUUAGGGUGAUUAGUAUUUCUGUUCUGUUGUUGUUUAUCUCCUUAUUGUUAUCUUGGCCAGCAAGUUGAGAUUUUUUUAACUGCAACAUAGGAGUGGCUUUUUCUUUUCAUCUGGAAUUCUGUUAACUGCAAUUAAGUUCUUAGUGUGGACUGUUUUUUUUUUUUUUUGUACGGUGAUAUUGGUUCCUUACCGACUGGUUUCUUUUCUGUUCUUUAUCAAUUUUAAUAUUUCUGGUGGCAGUGA